UAAAGCCUUGGCCUCUUCACACGGCGUGCCUGCGCCGCUCGCUUCAGAGGCGGCGAGCUCUGUUGUUCGGGCGCUCGAGGAGCGGGGAAGGCGUUUUUUUCACGUCGGCUCUUGCCGGUGAGGCUGCCGAACUACAGCUUCUGUCCCGUGUUGCGCAUGCGCUGCGGUGAGGUGUCGUUCCCCCUUCCUUUUCCCCCCCCGCCGCCGUAAAGCGCGGACGAUGUCGGAUCCGCCGGGUUCUGCGGAGCUGCCGGUCUUCGAGAAGCGGCUGCUGGUGACAGGCGGCGCGGGGUUCAUUGCUUCACAUGUAGUUGUCUCUCUCGUGAAAAACUAUCCAAACUAUCUGAUUAUAAAUCUAGAUAAGCUCGACUACUGUGCAAGCUUGAAGAAUCUUGAAACUGUCUCUGAGAAGGAAAACUACAAGUUUAUCCAGGGAGAUAUUUGUGAACCUGAUUUUAUAAAGCAGCUCUUUGAAACUGAGAAAAUAGAUAUAGUCCUUCAUUUUGCAGCCCAAACACAUGUAGAUCUUUCAUUUUGGCAUGCCCUGGAAUUCACCUAUGUGAACGUUUAUGGCACGAAUGUGCUGGUUGCUGCUGCGCAUGAAGCCAAUGUGGAGAAGUUUGUCUAUGUUAGUACAGAUGAAGUAUAUGGAGGUAGCACCGAUGAGGAGUUUGAUGAAUCCUCACCAAAACGUCCAACAAAUCCCUAUGCCUCCUCUAAAGCAGCUGCAGAGUGUUUUGUCCAGUCUUAUUGGGAAAGGUACCAAUUCCCAGUUGUUAUCACAAGGAGCAGUAACGUUUAUGGACCACACCAGUAUCCAGAAAAAGUUAUUCCAAAGUUUAUAUCUUUGUUGCAACAGAACAGAAAAUGCUGUAUUCAUGGUUCUGGACUUCAAAGAAGGAAUUUCCUUUACGCAGCUGAUGUGGUAGAAGCAUUCCUUACUGUCCUGAAGGAGGGAAAGCCAGGUGAAAUAUAUAACAUUGGAACUAACUUUGAGAUGUCCAUUGCCCAGCUUGCUAAAGAGUUAAUCCAUUUGAUAAAGAAGACCAGUUCGGAAUCUGAAAUGGAGCACUGGAUGGAUUAUGUCAAAGACAGACCUACCAAUGACCUGAGAUACCCAAUGAAUUCAGAAAAAAUGCACAACUUGGGAUGGAGACCGAAAGUGCCUUGGAAAGAAGGAAUAAAGAAAACAAUUGAAUGGUACAAAGAAAACUUUCACAACUGGAAAAACUCUGAGAAAGCUUUGGAGCCCUUUCCUGUGACAGAGCCAUUUGCACAGCUCAGUGGUCCGUAGGGUGGCAGAGAACCUGAAGGAGUUUACUCUACCUCACGCAGUCGUUUCUCCGAAGCCUGCAAUCAAGUGGCCACACUGAACUCUUCAUGUAUUCAGGGUACAUGAAUCAUGAUGAAUACAGAGCUACAGUACGGCACAACUUUGGAAGGGUUUUGGCACUUUAGAAGUUGAAACUGUUCAUUUCAGCCUUUGGUGCAAUACUAUAUUCUCACUAGGUGUUGAUUUUUAAAGAACUGUACAGGGUGAAGAAUAUUUAUAAUGCUAUAAAUUAGUGUAACAAGUCAAAUCUGCCUUAAUAAUAAUUGUGAUUACAGCUUUUGGGCCUUUCAGUGAAGUUUGUUUUAGUUCUGUAUUAGUUUGUUUUUACAGUGUAAUAUAUUAUUUUUGUCACUCUAAAGGGUUGUGUUUUAUUUUUAAUUAAGGGGAAAAAUGCUGUAUUUUCUGGAAAGUAUAAAUCAGUUGAUAAAAAGCUAGAUAUGGCACCCAUACAUUUCAGUCCUUUUCUCUGUUGGUGCAGUAUUACCUUCUGCAGAUGACUGAUUACUGAACUGUUACCUACUCUAUAACUUUAAAUGCCCUUUUUAAGGGAGGGGUGGGGGGAAAAGCAUCAAGAAGUAGCAGGUGUUCUUGCUAAGAUUUCUAGAGGCAUUUUCUUAAAAGUUGCUCUGUUUUAACUGUCAUCUUUUUACUGUAUUACUCUCUUUUACAUGUUAAUUUCCUUUUCUUAACUGUAAUUGUAACAAACUUGAAAUACUGUAACAGGGUUAACAUUCCAGUUAUGUUAUUUCCUGUGAUAUGAAGGCUAUUUAUGGAGAAAAAAUUUAAACACUUCUCCUGAGAAUUGUGAUUUGGCAGGCUUCAUUCAAUGCAGCGUUUCACAAUUUUUUAUUUUUUUUGUGACAAACAUUUUAAAGAUGAAACAAUAUCUGAGUUUUAAUCUAAAGUUUGGGAGGAAACUUCAUUUCUAGAAAUACAUCAAUGAAUCUUUUUCAAAGUUGAUUUAGUAAUAAAAGUUAUGGUGUCACUGGUUUCUCUUGAUUAAGUAAGCAUGCUGGAAAUGUAGAUGGUGCAGGUUUUUGUAGUAUUUCUUAGUUUUUCCUGUAUUCUGAAAAAAUUAUCGUCACAGUUUUGGCUUUGAGGUGGCAGACAUUGAAGGGAAGGUUCACCUUAGUUUUAUCACUUUAGCUUCUGUACAUGGCACAGUCCUAGACCCUUCUCUUGCCCCUGGGUAGAGCUGCAGGAGCAUAGGACUAGGAUGCGUAUUUGCACGUAUGUGGAAAUUGCUGUGACUUCUAAGGUCUGCCAGAAAUUGGGAGUUAACCCUCAAAACACAAGUACGUGCAGAAGCCCUUUCCUCAUCACCCUAAGGGCAGGAAGAAUGGAGUUUCGAGCGUUUGCUUUAGCUUUGCCCCCUGCUAAAGUUUUGGUAGUAACUGAAUGUAAAGCUUCAUAGUACUGACCCAGACGGCACUACCUCUAGGCUGCCUUUGGACCCACAGUGCUCCCAACGUCAUCACACCUCUUGUGUGCUGCAUGGUGCUGACGAUAAAAUGCCACGCUCGGUUGGUGGGAGUUGUCUUAAAAGGCGGCUAAAGAGUAAGCAUCUCAGCUUAAGUUAGCACCACGCAUGUGUUCUAAAGCCUAGGAAUGUGUUACUGAAAGUGAGCUUUCUGUGAUGAAGCGGGAUAGUAAUACUAUACUAGAAUUGCGUUGUACUUGAAUUUUUGGGGUUUCUGAUAGUUGGGUCGUCAAAACUAAUUUGUGAAGGACAGAAGUUACAGGACUUAAUGUGUACUAGUCUCUUAGAAUACUUGGCUUACCAGAUACUUAAGGUUAAGCUUCUACCGAUCAAUCACUUACAUUUCAUUGUCAAACACACAUUGCUGGUAAUAUUAAAAUAUUUUCUUAAUUUUUAUGUUUUCUUGAGAUACAGCUUCCUUAUAAUAUGCAGAGUUACUUCUCUGUCUUACUGUUUUGUGUUUACAAAAGUCAAUACCAGAAAUAGCUGAAGUACUGCAAAGAUCUGUUUUAGCUGUGUUUCUGCUUACUGUGGCAGCUGCUGUGGGUGAGCUGCAUGAAAGUACCUGCCUUUCACAACUGCUUAUGCUGGAAUACUGAUUAUGUGAUAUGUCUUUAGGAAAAGAGAGUAUGGAUCACUAAAUUAUUAUUUUAAACUUUACAAAUAGGUACAGUGUUUUUGGAACAUUAAAAAUCAAUUAACUUGUGGUACUGUUUCAGCUCAGAACUACACAGAAGAAAGCAGUAGUGUGUGACUGGAUUAUUGAUUAGAUCUUUUGAAAGUUGUUUUGAAUGUUUAGAUGCUGAAGAUGCAAGUUUUGACAUUCAUGUGACUAUCCAAACAAGGGAUAUUACCGGGAGUGGAUUUUUCAAACGGAUUUGUUAAUUUUUAGUGGAAGCUGUUGUAGUUUAUUUAAAUGUUCUUGAUUUAAUCCUUCUGAGUGUUUGAGAUUUUUGGCUCAGUGUUCCCACUUUUAUUUAUGUAUACAUAAAAAUAAAUACGUACAUGCAUAUUUUUAAAAUAUAUAAGUAUAUAUUUUUUUUUUUUAAAAUAAUCUAGGAGGCUUUUGCUCUGAGCUACUUUGCUGUAUAUCAGGCUGCCUUGGCAGGUGAGUGCUCUGGUGGGAGCAUUCCUUUCACAGGGAGAAGUCUUUUUAUUGUUAAACAUCUUAUUUUGCCAUUAACCUUCUGGCUUCUGUAGAAAGAAAAGGACAGAGGAUCAAGUAGUGAACUGUUAAUGUGGAUAAGUGUGAUGCUGUCAGGUUUUUAUUUCUCUCUGUUUUUACAUGGAAGAUACGAAGAAGCCUUUCCGCGGGAGGCAAAGGUAGUAAUGUAAAACACUGUGAAUGCAGCAAUCUUUCAGUCUGCUUUUCUCAAGGCUUGUGUCACAGAACAAAUUGAGAAAGAAAAUAAAAAUAAGAAAAUAAAUGGAGGAAAUGUGGCUGUAGCUUAAAUUGCUAAAGCUUUCUAAAGAAGAGCUGGCCUUCGGUGAAGGGUUUCUAUCUGGCUCACACUUGGGAAAUUACUUGUGGAUAGCUGCCAGGUCUGCAUCUCUUUUGGGGGUUACCAUUAUGGGUUGGCUCAGAUAUUCAGGAAUCAGCUCCUGAAAUCCCAUGCGCAUUGGGGAAAACCAACAUUGCUACCCCGUUAUCGGGGUGUACCAUGCCUGCCCUUCAGCACGUCACUUGCCAGCAGCAAGAAUUUGGAAGAUGGGGAAGUGCUGAAGCAGGGCUGUGGGCAGCCCGCCUGCCCUGCAAGUUGUAGCCCAUGGGGCCUUUGUGUGUGUGUUGGUCCCAGCUUGUGUGGUGGAGAUAGUCCUUGCCUUCUCCAAGGGUUUCUCUGGUUUGACCUUGUGUCACAUUUAAAAGGACUGUAGUUUUGAUAUUUGUCUGUCAGAGUUCCAGGACUUUCACUAAUUAAUAAUCAGAGUCCCAGCAAAGGACUUUCCCUGAGUUAGAUUCACAAAUAAUCGAAACUAGGCUAGCAAAAAUAAUAACAGUUCCGGUAUUUGUCUGUCAGAGUCCCACCAAAGGACUUUCACUGAAUCAGAUUCACAAAUAAUGGAAAUCAGUUAUUUUAUCGAGAGCGACAGAAACAGAUUCGAGAUUGCAGUUUAUAAAUUCGCUAACUACGAUAGCGCUAAUUAAUUAAGGUUAAUAUUGCUAGCAAAAAUACUGGUAGUACAAGAAGCUGGGGUAACAUUCAGUAGAGGGUGAAAGGCGCAGCGCGUAUGCAGAAAGGCGUCCCUGCCUGGGGUGGAGGAAGAGAGCGCAGCCCGUCGACUGGUCCGUUGCGUAUCAAGUUUCUUCUCUCCCAGUUUAACAGUCAUUCUCUCCACCCUUUUAUCCUCAAAAUUAUGAGGUUUCCCUCCUCUAGGUGACGUGUAGUAUGAUUUGGCUGGAGAAAUGAGUGCUAUAGUCAUAUAUGUUUAGCGUGCUCUCUAAAAUCUUCAUUAGCCUAUACAGGGGUGUCAACUUUAAUAUGCAUUUCACAGGUAAUGAGGCAAAGGUCAAUUAUCAGGCAUGGUGGCCUCUCCAGGAAACAAAAAACUACACAAAGCCUCUGUUAUCUUGAUUUUACUGUCUUUGUUGACGAAAAGCAGGGCUGUCCUGGCUCCCCAAGACUACCCCAUUAUUUAUGUAUCCUGUGAUAGUCAGACAAGCCUUCACUCCCCUGGGUUGCACAAGAGAUAGCAAAGCCAGUCUUAAUUGCUCUUUGAGCACAGAGACUUCGCCUCAGUAUCCAAAUUCCACGCCUUGGCAACCUGCUUACCUUUCCAUGCUGCUUGGCAUUAAGGGGUGCUGGCUGUGGUUGAGGCUGGUUUACGUUGUCGCAAUAUGAUGGACUAUGAAAUAGUUUUUCUUUGUCCUCCACCCUGUCCCUCACUUGAUCUAGGAGGAGAUUAUGGGAGAAAAAAAAUGUAGGGUUUUUUUUUUUUGUUUGUUUGGUUUUUGUUUUUGUUUUUUUUUUCCCCUCUCCAAUCUUGGUUGUGGAGGGGUACAAAAUAGCACAAAUUUGGUUUCCCAUUAGGAGAAAGUUGGGAAUGGCUUCGUGUGGACUUGGAAUGCUCCAUUUUGCUAAAACUGUGUUCUUUCACUCUUUACAUAGCUAUGAAAUGCUAAUAUGUGUCUACUUUUCAGUAAGAGCAACUUUUGUAAAAAACCCCAAAUUUUGUUGGAGGAAAA